AUGUCCGGAAACUUGUUUGUGGAGAGUCGCAACGAGAAUAAGGAUUACUAUUUACAUGCAUUAAUUCUUGGCUAUGCCACUGAAUACGACAUACUGGGUCAGAUCUUGUUACACAACCUCCGAUGGCUGCCAACCACACAAAGCGUGCCACAGAGGCCUUCCAAAAAGAGUAUCAAGAAUCACAACAGCAACUACCGAGUCCUCGAGACAGCGCUUUUCUCAGGUCUCCCUUCAGCCAAGAUGAUCGCUCUCCAAACUUUGCAUCAUAGCGCCUCGUAUUUCCCAAUGGGCAUAGCUCCAUUCGGUCACCCAAGAGUGAUCGUCAGGGUGUUUAACAACAUCUUGUCAGCCGCAGUCCAAUCCAUGUGUUUUAUCUGCAUCAUCUACAUUCCUGUCUUGUGA